CUGUCAAAGGAGGGCGCUUGUCAAAAUUGCGCGCGCAACUCAUUUGUUGGUGAGCGUUGCUGCUGAAGAACUGUUGAGUGUUGAUAUAGUGCGCGUGAACUUGUUGCGUUGAAUAACGUUUUUGUUGUCUUUUAGUAAUUUAUACACAGUAAAACAUGUCGGACACACCAAGUUCUCCAGCCCCGAACCUACCGUCGGACAUGGACCGACGAAACUUUCGCUCCGGCAUGACGUCCCCGGUCGGGGAUUUCGAACCGUUCGAAGAUGAGGCAGAAAUCCUUGGUGAUACGACGGUGCGCGAGGAGGUGUACGAGGAGGAGGAAGAGGAUGGGGAGGAGCUGUUCGGUGAUAACAUGGAGGCGGACUAUCGUCCCGUACCGCAUCUCGAUCAGUACGAUGUGGACGACCUGGACACGCAAGAGUACAGCGACAUCUCGCAAACGGAUCGUGCCGCGGCCGAGGCCGAGAUGCGCCGGCGUGAUCGUGAUGCGGGCGUGCACCGUGACCAUUCGGAUCUGUUCUACGACAAAAGCGACGACGAUGAUGAUAUGCCGCGGGCGAAACGGCGCGCGGCGGAGAAAGCGGCCGAACUGGGAACGGAAACGGAAACCGAUGCCGAGAUGGUGGAAUCGAUCGAAAAUCUCGAGGACACGAAGGGACACAGCAUCAAGGAGUGGGUUUCGAUGCUGGCGCCACGGACGGAAAUUUCCAACCGCUUCAACAGCUUCCUGCGCACGUUCGUGGACGAGAAGGGCCAUUACGUGUACCGGGAGCGGAUCAGACGGAUGUGCGAACAGAACAAUUCCAGCUUUGUCGUGUCGUACCCGGAUUUGGCACACAACCAGCACGUGCUGGCGUACUUUCUGCCCGAGGCACCGUUCCAGAUGCUCGACAUUAUGGACAAGGUGGCGAAGGAGAUGGUGCUGAGCCUGUACCCGACGUACGAGCGCGUGACGAACGAAAUCCAUGUGCGCAUUUCCGAUCUGCCGCUGGUGGAGGAACUGCGCACAUUCCGCAAGCUGCACCUGAAUCAGCUCGUGCGCACGCUGGGUGUCGUAACUGCCACCACCGGUGUGCUGCCGCAGCUGUCCGUCAUCAAGUACGACUGCGUCAAGUGUGGGUACGUGCUGGGACCGUUCGUACAGAGCCAGAACACCGAGGUGAAGCCCGGCUCCUGUCCCGAAUGUCAAAGCGUUGGUCCGUUCUCGAUCAACAUGGAGCAAACGCUGUACCGGAACUAUCAGAAGAUUACCCUGCAGGAAUCUCCCGGACGCAUCCCGGCGGGCCGUAUUCCUCGCAGCAAGGAUUGUGUGCUGCUGGCCGAUCUUUGCGAUCAGUGCAAACCGGGCGAUGAAAUCGAGGUGACCGGCAUCUACACCAACAACUACGACGGGUCGCUCAACACGGAGCAAGGCUUCCCGGUGUUUGCCACCGUGCUGAUCGCGAACCAUCUGGUGGUGAAGGACAGCAAGCAGGUGGUGGCAUCGCUUACCGACGAAGACAUCUCGACGAUACAGCGCCUCAGCAAGGAUCCCCGGAUCAGCGAUCGUAUCACGCAGAGCAUGGCACCGUCGAUCUACGGCCACGAGUACAUCAAGCGCGGCCUAGCGCUGUGCCUGUUCGGUGGCGAAUCGAAGAACCCGGGCAACAAGCACAAGAUCCGUGGCGACAUCAAUAUCCUGCUGUGCGGCGACCCAGGUACGGCCAAAUCGCAGUUCUUGAAGUACACGGAAAAGAUUGCACCGCGGGCAGUGUUCACCACGGGCCAGGGUGCUUCCGCCGUCGGUUUGACGGCGUACGUGCGGCGCAAUCCUACCACGCGCGAGUGGACCCUCGAGGCGGGCGCCCUGGUGCUUGCGGAUCUGGGCGUGUGUCUGAUCGACGAGUUUGACAAGAUGAACGAUCAGGACCGUACGUCCAUCCACGAGGCGAUGGAGCAGCAAUCGAUUUCCGUGUCCAAGGCAGGCAUCGUCACGUCGCUGCAGGCCCGGUGUGCGGUUAUUGCCGCGGCCAACCCGAUCGGAGGCCGGUACGAUCCGAGCAUGACGUUCUCCGAGAACGUGAACCUGUCCGAACCGAUUCUUUCGCGUUUCGACGUGCUGUGUGUGGUGAAGGACGAGUUCGACCCGAUGCAGGAUAAGCAUUUGGCCGAGUUUGUGGUCGCGUCGCACAUCAAGAACCAUCCGUCGAAGGCGGACCAGGUGCCGGACUCGCAGCCCCAGGACACCAUGCAGAUUCCGCAGGAUCUGCUCAAGAAGUACAUCGUGUACGCGAAGGAGAAUGUACACCCGAAGCUGUCGAGCAUGGACCAGGACAAGAUUGCCAACAUGUAUUCGCAGCUCCGCCAGGAAUCGCUAUCGACCGGUUCGCUCCCAAUCACGGUGCGACACAUCGAGAGUGUUAUCCGCAUGUCGGAAGCGCACGCGCGGAUGCAUCUGCGCGAUACGGUGCAGGAUGUGGACGUCAACAUGGCCAUCCGCAUGAUGCUGGAAAGCUUCAUCGAGGCGCAGAAGUUUAGCGUCAUGAAGAAGAUGCGUUCCAGCUUCCAGAAGUACCUGUCGUUCCAGCGUGACCAUUCGGAGCUGCUGUUCUUCAUCCUGCGGCAGCUCACACUCGACCAGCUGGCGUACCAGCGGUGCAAGGAGGGCGGUCGACGGGCCAGGGAAGGGGCCGAUGGUGCCGAACGGCCCCGUACCACGGUGGUCGAGGUGAUGGAGAAAGAUCUGUCCGAACGGGCGAAGGCGAUCGAAAUCUUCAACCUGAAACCAUUCCUCGACAGUGAGCUGUUCCGGCAGAACGGGUUCACGUACGAUGCCAAACGGAAGGUGAUCGUGCAGGUCGUGCCGGAGGCGGCGGAACCUUGAACGAUCGGGGCGCGGGCCGUUUUUUUAAAUGAAUUUCAUCGUCGUAGGGUUUAAGUCGGCUAGGGAGUUUAUUAACGUUUUACACUUUUCUCAUUUUACGCUUUUUUUUGUACAAUUUAUACGUUUCAAGGAGAUAUACUUUACGAAUAAUAAAAGUGUGUGUGUGUGGUCGUCCUGACGAUUUUUCAAGCUUAUA